CGGGACACCCUGACAGACGAGACUGUGGCAUUGAAGAAGGUGCGGAUGGACAACGAGAAAGAUGGNNNGCCCAUCAGCAGCCUGCGGGAGAUCACCCUGCUCCUGCAGCUUCGGCACCCCAACAUCGUGGAGCUGAAGGAGGUGGUUGUAGGGAACCAUCUGGAGAGUAUUUUCCUGGUGAUGGGCUACUGUGAGCAGGACCUAGCCAGCCUUCUUGAGAACAUGCAGACGCCUUUUUCAGAGGCUCAGGUGAAGUGCAUCAUCCUGCAAGUCCUCAAGGGCCUGCAGUACCUUCAUGAGAACUACAUCAUCCACAGGGAUCUGAAGGUGUCCAACCUGCUCAUGACUGACAAGGGCUGCGUGAAGAUAGCCGAUUUUGGACUGGCACGCACCUACGGGAUCCCCGUGAGACAGUGCUGUCCCCUGUGCAGGUACCGAGCGCCUGAACUGCUGCUGGGGAUGACGACCCAGACCACCAGCAUCGACAUGUGGGCCGUAGGCUGCAUCCUCGCCGAGCUGCUG